CCACCCCACCCCCUCCACCCACGCAGCUGAGCUCACCCGGGGCGGCCUCUUUUGCAACUUUACCAAGUCUGUGCGUGAGAGGGAGAGGAGGAAAACAGAAGGAAGUCGCUUGGCUUCAACAAGCCAUUCUGAUCCAAAGCCUUUUUCCUCUGAACCGGCCGAGAUCUUUGCUCUAAGAGGAGACCCCCGGACUCAGAGAGAACGCCGCCUGCCCUCGGAGGCCAGAUGCUAAGCAGCCACAGCUGUGAGCGCCCUGGAAGUUCUUUUCGGUUCUUCUGUCUGUCCCAGCAACCCCCAGAGGCUCUGACAUCCCUCCAUGAAUCCCCGGAAGAAGGUGGACCUGAAGCUCAUCAUCAUCGGAGCCCUGGGUGUAGGAAAGACUUCCCUCCUCCACCAGUAUGUGCACAAGACAUUUUAUGAGGACUACCAGACCACGCUGGGGGCCAGCAUCCUCUCCAAGAUUAUCAUCCUGGACGACACAACUUUGAAGCUGCAGAUCUGGGACACAGGCGGACAGGAGCGGUUUCGCUCCAUGGUGUCCACAUUCUACAAAGGCUCCGACGGCUGCAUCCUGGCUUUCGAUGUCACCGACCUAGAGUCCUUUGAAGCGCUGGAUACCUGGCGGGGUGAUGUUCUGGCCAAAACUAUUCCAAUGGAGCCCUCCUACCCCAUGGUGGUACUGGGAAACAAGAUUGAUCUUGCAGACCGGCAGGUGCCCCAGGAGGUAGCCCAAGGCUGGUGUAAAGAGAAGGAUAUCCCCUACUUUGAAGUCAGUGCCAAGAAUGACAUCAAUGUGGUGCAAGCCUUCGAGAUGCUGGCCAGCCGGGCUCUGUCCAGGUAUCGCAGCAUCUUAGAGAACUACCUCACAGACUCCAUCAAGCUCUCACCAGAAGACCAGUCCAGGAGUAGAUGUUGCUGAUCCUUCAGACUCCCGCCCUGGUGCUCAGACGAAGCCUGCUUGGGACCUGGGCAUCCCGGCCCCCGCCAGCCGCCCCCCGCCCCCCCGCCGCACCUGCUCGAGCCCAGCCCCAGCAACCCAGGCUCUGCGGCUGGAGCCCCCAAUCCCCUCGCAUCUGUGCCGGGCCCAGAUCAGAGUGCAGCCCCCACCUCAGGCUGAGUGCAGUGAGGACACAGCUGGGCCCUCAGGGGCCCCCAUGGAACCCAGAAUGUCACAGCCCAAUCUGGACCCCGGAGGAGUCACCGAUCCCUCGCUGGCUCCAGCCUUCCUGCUUCCCGCCCUCCCCAACACAGUCGUGCUGCAGAAGACGCAGCUCUGCGGGCAGAUGGGCCGUGGUCUCCGGAGUCCUGUUCUACGCUCUUGUGAGCUGGCCUUCUUCGUCCAGGCCACCACACACCCGCAAAACCACAGGACAGCUUGGGAUCAGGCCGCAGCUCAGGGUCCCUUGGUCACCAGGCCAGGAGAGAGGGCCUGCUUCAACCCUUGGUGGCCAUGGUCCAGGCCUGGAACAUCGCUCUGUCCCCCCCAGGGUAUGGAGCCCAGGAAAAUGCACCAAGGAUUGGCUCAUUCCUCUCUGCCGGAAGCUCAGACGACUCCUAUAAAUCUCUCUCAGCCUCGGCUUGCUGGUUGGCCCAGUGGGAGUGGUGUGUUUCCCGCCCACCUCAGGGUGUGCUUUCGAGGACCUGAAGGUCAGCUUAAAUCUCAGUUGCUCUCGUUGGUACGCAUUUAUUUAUUCCUUCAGUGAGUAUCAUUGAGUAUCUCUGAGGUACAAUGCACGGAGGUCCAGUGACAAAUGAAACCGACAGGGACCCUGCUCUCCGGAAGCCCACGUUCUGAUAAGGGAGAGAAGUCACAGGCACAGAAUUGAAACCUAUUCUCAAAUAGUAGAUACGCGCUUGAACAAAGCAUACAAGGAAAUGGGGUAGAAAGAAACAGGAAUGGCAGUUGCUGCUGUUUCAGACAAAAUGGUCCAGGAAGGCUUCCCUGAGGAGGCAUCAUUUGGCAUAAGGACUAGAGAAUGCACAGGAGACUGGCACUGGAGAUCUAGACAAAGAGCAUUUUAGGGAGAGGAGGUAGCAAGAGCCAAGGCCCUGAGGUGAGGACAGGCUUGCUGUGGUCCAGCAACAGUGCAAGGACAGUCAUUUACCUGAAGACUCAAAGCUGCUGCUGUCCCAGAGACAAGCAAAGGGGACCCCGCACCCCCACAGCGGCUCCUUGAGCCGCCACUGAUUGGCCACCAGAGGGCAGCCGUGCUCCUUGCAGGCUGAGUGGCUGACGGCCACCGCCUGACACUUGAAGCAAGGGCUUUUCUCUCCGUGCCAGUCCUCAAAGCUGGUCCUCAGGCUGUGGGCAUGUUUAACCCGUGAGAUCUGAGGGGUAGGAGAAUCCCAGUUUCCUCCACCUGGCAAGAAAUGGGCAGAAACUGAAACAUGAAUGAUUCCGGCCAGAAAUCCACAUCAGUGACCCCUACUAGGAUGAGGGUUCUGGAAAACUCGUAGACUCCCUGUCUCUGCAGACUCUCUGGCAACAGAGAGUACAGGCAGGGCCCAGCUGACAGGGGUGGCCGAGAUGACCAUUCGGAGGCUCCCAGGCCACAUGACUGCCCGCCACGGAGGUCUCCUAUCUGCACCAACGUACCCUGCCCUCAGCUCCGAGCAGAGCUGGCGUGGGAGCACAGGACUUCGGAUGCCCUCUGACUCCGACGAUACUCCCGGAAGUAGGGAGUCCUAGGGGGAAGGGGUCAGCAGGAGAGUCUGGGGAGCCUUGUCUCCCCACCCAGCUGUGGGAUAAGGACUGGCUCAUCCUGGGCAGCGGCAUGUGUCUGGGAGUAAGGCACUGUCUGUGUCCUUCAUGGGAGUGGUCUGCAGGUCACGCGGGCUUCCUGGGAGUCCCCCAGACUGUGGCUCGGACACACGGUGUUUGGGUAUGUAUCUACAGCAGCUCGUGCAAUGGGCGUAUGAACUGUUGCAAACUGUGCGCCACAAUAAUAAAUGUGUACUUUAUUGUU